ACGGUGCAGAUCGUAGUGAGAACGAUCGUAAACAAGCGCUGCUGCUGCUGCUCUUUAUUAACGAUCGAGAAAAUUGUGUUGACACACAUACACAGCCAACUGCAUAACACGAAGCUAGUAGAUCUCCUACACAAAUUUCCCCUACCCAACCAAUUACAAUUGACACAAUGGCACAACAACUAUGGGGUGGUCGUUUCGGCGAUGCCGAGGGUAAAACAAGCGAAUGUUUGGCUAAAUUAAAUUGCAGUUUACCACUCGAUUCGCGCUUCUACGCCGAAGAUAUUGACGGCAGCAUAGCCUAUGCGGAGGGGCUCGCACGUGCCGGUUUGCUUACCAAUAAAGAGGCAGCCGACAUUGGCGCCGCGUUAGAAGUUGUGCGUCGCGAAUGGAAGGAUGGUAGUAUAAAAUUUUUGCCCAGCGAUGAGGAUGUACACACAGUGAAUGAACGUCGCCUCACCGAACUAAUUGGCGAUGUGGGCAAGCGUUUGCAUACCGGCCGCAGUCGCAAUGAUCAAGUGAUUACCGACAUGAAGUUGUGGUUGCGACGCGGCAUACGUGAAACGGUAGCUGGCUUGCUUGCGGUCAUUGGGGCCGCUGUGGCGCAGGCACAUAAAAAUUUGGGUGUACUUAUGCCGGGCUAUACGCAUUUGCAACGCGCUCAGGCAGUGCAAUUCUCACAUUGGAUGCUCUCGCAUGCGUUUGCCCUGCAAGCGGACUGUCAGCGGUUGUUGGAGUUGAAAGAGCGCGCCAAUCUAUUGCCUUUGGGUAGCGGCGCAUUGGCUGGCAAUCCAUUGGGUGUGGAUCGUGAGUGGUUGGCAAAGCGUCUGAAUUUUGCCGGUGUGACGCCGAACAGCAUGCAUGCGGUGGGUGAUCGCGAUUUUGUGGUCGACUUUAUCUACUGCUGCUCGCUGGCCAGCCUGCAUCUGUCGCGCCUCGCUGAGGAUUUAAUACUCUAUGCUACUAAGGAAUUUGAUUUUAUAAAAAUCGCCGAUGCUUUCUCAACUGGCAGCAGCUUGAUGCCACAGAAACGUAAUCCCGAUAGUUUGGAGUUGGUGCGCGGAAUUUCGGGCAGUAUUUGCUCCUCGUUGAGUGGCAUCAUGAUGACCAUCAAGGGUACACCUACCACCUACAAUAAGGAUUUGCAAUUCGAUAAGCAAUACGCCUUCGAUGCUUUUGAUCGGCUACAAGACGCCUUAACUGUAGUUGAGGGUGUAGUAAAAACCAUGCAACUGAAUCGGGAACGCAUGGAAUCAGCGCUGAGUCCAGAUAUGUUGGCCACUGAUUGGGCCUACUAUCUGGUGCGCAAAGGUGUGCCAUUCCGUCAAGCGCACCACUAUAUCGGCGAAGUGGUCGCCUAUGCCGAAAAAAUAGGCCGGGAACUCACGGAAAUUCCGUUGGGUGAUCUACAAAACAUCUGCGAACACUUCGAUGUGGAUAUAGUGCAGGUGGCAGAUUUUGGUGAGAAUGUGGAAAAAUAUGACGUGCCUGGUGGCACAGCAACUAAUUCGGUGAAACAGCAGUUGAAGACUUUGCAGGCCUAUGUCGAUGGGCUCAAGAGGUUCAAAUGAAUUU